AUGGCUGACCAACUUAACAUGAACGGCCUCAACCUCAAUGGCGAUGGCCCCCGAUCCUACAUUCCUCCCCAUAUGAGGGGGAAGGUUGCAGCGAAUGGUGCCCCCCGUGGCCCUGACGCUGCCGGCCCCUUCCCCGGUCCCACCCCUGCCGGUGCGGCUGCUGGCCCCACCCCUGCCGAUGCCGCCAACGGUGGCCUCAACGGCAGCGCAUGGGCUGCAAACAACGCGCAGAACUUCAACGGCCGUGCUGCCGGCGGCAACAACUGGAACAACGGUCCUCGCCAGAACUGGGAUCGCCCUCAGAGCUUCAACCCCAACGCAUAUGGACAUGGUGGCCAUGGUGGUGGUCAUGGCCACGGUGCCCACGGCGGCCACGGCGGUGCUGGUGGCGGCGGCUAUGCACGCGGCUCAGGCGACGGCCAGUGGCGCGACGGCAAGCACAUUGCUGGCCCUGCGAAUCCCCGUGUCGAGCGCGAGCUGUUCGGUACUGCCGACGACCCGUCGAAGCAGCACACGGGCAUCAACUUUGAGAAGUAUGACGACAUCCCCGUCGAGGCUUCCGGUCAUGAUGUCCCUGAGCCUGUUCUUACCUUCACCAACCCUCCUCUGGACGACCACUUGAUCCGCAACAUCGAGCUGGCCCACUACAAGGUGCCCACCCCCGUCCAGAAGUACUCCAUCCCCAUUGUCAUGGGUGGCCGUGACUUGAUGGCUUGUGCCCAGACUGGUUCGGGCAAGACGGGUGGCUUCCUGUUUCCCAUUCUGUCUCAGGCGUUCCAGACCGGCCCCUCGCCCAUCCCUACCGCCCAGGGCGGCGGCGGCUUUGGCCGCCAGCGCAAGGCGUACCCCACGUCGCUGAUCUUGGCUCCCACUCGUGAGCUGGUGUCUCAGAUCUACGACGAGGCUCGCAAGUUUGCCUACCGCUCGUGGGUCCGCCCCUGCGUCGUCUACGGCGGUGCCGACAUCGGCUCCCAGCUCCGUCAGAUUGAGCGCGGCUGCGAUCUGCUUGUUGCCACUCCCGGACGUCUGGUCGACCUUAUCGAGCGUGGCCGGAUUUCGCUUUGUAACAUCAAGUACCUGGUUCUCGACGAGGCCGAUCGCAUGCUGGACAUGGGUUUCGAGCCCCAGAUCCGCCGCAUCGUCGAGGGCGAGGACAUGCCCUCCGUCGCCAACCGCCAGACGCUGAUGUUCUCGGCCACCUUCCCCCGCGACAUCCAGAUGCUGGCCCGCGAUUUCCUCAAGGACUACGUCUUCCUGUCUGUCGGCCGUGUCGGUUCGACUUCGGAGAACAUCACCCAGAAGGUCGAGUACGUCGAGGACAACGACAAGCGCUCUGUGCUUCUGGACAUCCUCCACACACACGGCGGUGGUCUGACGCUGAUCUUCGUCGAGACCAAGCGCAUGGCCGACUCGCUGUCAGACUUCCUGAUCAACCAGCAGUUCCCGGCCACCUCCAUUCACGGUGACCGCACCCAGCGCGAGCGUGAGCGGGCUCUGGAGAUGUUCCGCAACGGCCGCUGCCCUAUCCUGGUCGCUACCGCUGUUGCGGCCCGUGGUCUCGAUAUUCCCAACGUCACCCACGUCGUCAACUACGAUCUGCCCACCGACAUUGACGACUACGUUCACCGUAUUGGUCGUACCGGCCGUGCCGGCAACACUGGUAUUUCCACUGCCUUCUUCAACCGCGGCAACCGCGGUGUCGUCCGUGAGCUCAUUGACCUGCUCAAGGAGGCCAACCAGGAGGUACCUUCGUUCUUGGAGACCAUUGCUCGCGAAGGCUCCUACGGCGGCCGUGGCGGCCGUGGCGGCGGCCGCGGCGGCGGUCGUAACCAGGGUGCUAACCGUGAUUUCCGCAAGUUUGGCGGUGGCGGUGGCGGUGGCGGUUUCGGCAACUCUAACGGCGGCGGCGGCGGUAGCUACGGCGGCGGUGGUUACGGCGGCGGCUACGGUGGCGCUCCCCCCAACCCCGGCUACGGCGGUGGUUACGGCGGCGGUGGCGGCGGCUACGGCGGCGGCGGCGGCUCGUACGGCAACCCUGGCGGCCCCGGCCAGUCUUGGUGGUAA